CCCACACCUUCCACUCGUGCCUCCUCGACCGUCCUGGGUCCCAGCAGUCCCAACCUGUCCCAGCCCGGCUGCCGGACUCAGCCCUGCUGUCGCCACCACCGCCAGGCAUGAUGGACGGUCCUCGUUCAGAUGUGGGCCGCUGGGGCGGGAACCCUUGGCAGCCCCCCACCACACCUUCUCCGGAGCCGGAGCCAGAGCCGGACAGACGAUCUCGUCGAGGAGGCCGUUCCUUCUGGGCUCGCUGCUGUGGCUGCUGCUCAUGCCGAAAUGAAACAGAUGCUGACUGGGGACCUGAGCCCCACGGAGACCGAGGGUCUGGCAGGGGUCGAGGAUCCAGCUCUGGGGGUCGAAGACCAGAUUCCCGGGGCUCAGAUUCCCGCCGGCCUGGCUCCCGGGCCAGUGGUGUGAACGCAGCUGGAGACGGCACCAUCAGAGAGGGCAUGCUGGUGGUGACCGGUGUGGAUCUGCUGAGUUCACGCUCGGACCAGAAUCGCCGAGAGCACCACACAGAUGAGUUUGAGUACGACGAGCUGAUUUUACGCCGUGGGCAGCCUUUCGACAUGGUCCUCCACCUCUCUCGGCCCUAUGAGUCCUCUGAUCAUGUUGCCCUGGAGCUGCUUAUCGGAAACAGCCCCGAGGUGGGGAAGGGCACGCACGUGAUCAUCCCAGUGGGGAAGGGGGGCAGCGGAGGCUGGAAAGCCCAGGUGACCAAGGCCAGUGGGCAGAAUCUGGACCUACGUGUCCACACCUCCCCCAACGCCAUCAUCGGCAAGUUUCAAUUCACGGUCCGCACACAUUCAGAGGCUGGCGAGUUCCAGUUGCCUUUUGACCCCCACAACGAGAUCUACAUCCUCUUCAAUCCAUGGUGUCCAGAGGACAUCGUGUACGUGGAGCAUGAGGAUUGGCGACAGGAGUACGUGCUUAAUGAAUCCGGGAGAAUUUACUAUGGGACUGAAGCGCAGAUUGGCGAGCGGACCUGGAACUAUGGGCAGUUUGACCAUGGAGUGCUGGAUGCCUGCCUGUACAUCCUAGACAGGCGGGGCAUGCCAUAUGGAGGCCGCGGGGACCCGGUCAGUGUCUCCCGGGUCAUCUCUGCCAUGGUGAACUCCUUGGAUGACAAUGGCGUCCUGAUUGGAAACUGGUCUGGUGAUUACUCCCGAGGCACCAACCCAUCAGCUUGGGUGGGCAGCGUGGAGAUCCUACUCAGCUACCUACGCACCGGCUAUUCCGUCCCCUAUGGCCAGUGCUGGGUCUUCGCCGGUGUGACCACAACAGUGCUGCGUUGCUUGGGCCUGGCCACCCGCACUGUCACCAAUUUCAACUCGGCACAUGACACAGACACAUCCCUCACCAUGGACAUCUACUUUGACGAGAAUAUGAAGCCUCUCGAGCACCUGAACCAUGAUUCUGUUUGGAACUUCCACGUGUGGAACGACUGCUGGAUGAAGAGGCCAGAUCUGCCCUCUGGCUUUGGUGGGUGGCAGGUGGUGGAUGCCACACCCCAGGAAACCAGCAGCGGCAUCUUCUGCUGCGGCCCCUGCUCUGUGGAGUCCAUCAAGAAUGGCCUGGUAUACAUGAAAUACGACACGCCCUUCAUUUUUGCUGAGGUCAACAGUGACAAAGUUUACUGGCAGCGACAGGAUGAUGGCAGCUUUAAGAUCGUGUAUGUGGAAGAGAAGGCCAUUGGUACACUCAUCAUAACAAAGGCCAUUGGAUCCAACAUGCGAGAUGAUGUCACCCACAUUUAUAAACACCCAGAAGGCUCGGAAGCAGAGCGGAAGGCAGUGGAGACAGCAGCCGCCCACGGCAGCAAACCCAACGUGUACUCCAUGCGUGACUCAGCAGAGGAUGUGGCGAUGCAGGUGGAGGCACAGGACGCGGUGAUGGGGCAGGACCUGACCGUCUGCGUGGUGCUGACCAAUCGCAGCAGCAGCCGCCGCACCGUGAAGCUGCACCUCUACCUCUCGGUCACCUUCUACACCGGUGUCACCGGGUCUGUCUUCAAGGAGAGCAAGAAAGAAGUGGUGCUGGCACCAGGGGCCUCGGACCGCGUGUCCAUGCCUGUGGCCUACAAGGAAUACCGGCCCCACCUGGUAGAUCAGGGGUCCAUGCUGCUCAACGUCUCGGGCCACGUCAAGGAGAACGGGCAGGUGCUGGCCAAGCAGCACACCUUCCGUCUGCGCACCCCUGACCUUUCCCUCACCUUGUUGGGGGCAGCCGUGGUUGGUCAGGAGUGCGAAGUACAGAUUGUCUUCAAGAACCCGCUGCCUAUAACCCUCACCAAUGUCGUCUUCCGGCUUGAGGGCUCCGGGCUACAGAGACCCAAGAUCCUCAAUGUGGGGGACAUUGGGGGCAACGAGACAGUGACGCUGCACCAGAAGUUUGUGCCUGUGCGACCAGGCCCCCGCCAGCUCAUCGCCAGCUUGGACAGCCCCCAGCUCUCCCAGGUGCAUGGUGUCAUCCAGGUGGACGUGGCUCCGGCCCCUGGGAGCGGAGGCUUCUUCUCAGAUGCUGGAGGCGACAGUCACUCAGGGGAGACCAUCCCUAUGGCAUCUCGAGGUGGAGCUUAACCCCUGGCCAAGAGCAAUGGGACUGGAGUCAGAGGAGCAAGGACAUUGCCUCGCAGGGACCCAGCGCAGAGCUGCUCUCCGUAGGUUCAGGUGGGGAGGCCGGGGCACCUGGGAAGGGGGCUGCUCUUCAGUUGCACUGGGCAGCACAGAUGCUAAUAAACUGUUUUUUAAUGAA